AUGGCUUCUGCGGCUUUCCCUGAGGCCGUCGAGUGCAAGAGCAAGAGCAAUGUUACGUACGCUUUCACCUGCGCCAUCCUCGCCUCCAUGGCAUCCAUCAUCCUCGGCUACGGAGCCUUCGCGGCCGGGCGAACGUCCGACUGGAUCGGCCGCCGAUUCACCGUCGUGUUCGCGGCCGCCAUCUUCUUCGUGGGCGCGUUGCUCAUGGGCUUCGCGGUCAGCUACGCCAUGCUCAUGGCCGGCCGCUUCGUGGCCGGCGUCGGGGUGGGCUACGCGAUCAUGAUCGCGCCUGUCUACGCCGCCGAGAUCUCUCCCGCGGCGUCCCGCGGCCUCCUGACGUCUUUCCCGGAUUUCUUCAUCAACCUGGGCAUCCUCCUCGGCUACCUUUCCAACUACGCGUUCGCGCGCCUCCCGCUCUACCUCGGCUGGCGCGUCAUGCUCGGCAUCGGGGCGGCGCCGUCGCUCCUGCUCGCGCUUAUGGUGUUCGUCAUGCCUGAGUCGCCUCGGUGGCUCGUCAAGAAUGGCCGACUCGCGGACGCCAGGGCUGUGCUGGAGAAGACCUCUGCCACGCCAGAGGAGGCCGCGGAGCGCAUAGCUGACAUCAAGGCGGCGGCGGGCAUCCUGAGGGACCUUGACGGAGACGUGGCAUCGGGCAGCGACUGCGUCGUCCUUUACAGCCCACGCGUGUUCAAGAGCGCAGGCAUCACCGGCGACGACCAGCUCCUGGGCCCCACCUGCGCCGUGGGCGCCAGCAAGACGCUCUUCAUCCUGGUGGCCACGUUCCUGCUGGACCGCGUCGGCCGGCGGCCUCUGCUGCUGUGCAGCGCAGGCGGGAUGAUGGCCUCGCUCAUCGGCCUCGGAACGGGCCUCACCGUAGUGGGCCACCACCCUGAGUCGAAGAUCCCGUGGGCCGUCGCCCUGUGCAUCGCCUCCACCUUGGCCUACGUCGCCUUCUUCUCUGUCGACCUCGGCCCAAUCACGGGCGUGUACACCUCGGAGACUUUCCCGCUGCAGGUGGGCGCGCUGGGCUUCGCGGUCGGCGUGGCGUCCAACCGCCUUACCAGCGGCGUCGUCUCCAUGACCUUCCUGUCUCUGUCGAAGGCCAUCACCAUCGGCGGCACCUUCUUCCUCUACGCUGGAAUCGCGGCGCUCGGGUGGGUCUUCUUCUUCACCUACCUCCCGGAGACUCGAGGUCAGACGUUGGAGGAAAUGGGCAAGCUGUUCGGCAUGGAAGACACGGACAUGGCUGAAACAGAAAACACCGCUGCCAAGGAGAAAGUAGUGGAAAUGCCCACGAGCUAG